AUGGCUUCCAACGCAGAACCAUUCGCCGCCGCCACUUCACGGCUUCAAAAGUCCACCGUUGAUUCGGCCGUGAGUGCCCUUCUGAAAUUCAAAGCCGCCGCCCAAUCAUCCUCCGACAAGCUGCAGCUUCUGCCGGAAGAUGAUUACAUCUAUCUUAACCUAACCCUAAAAAAAAUCCCGUCAAACCCUCGCACGAGCCCCUUCAGAAUCCCCCUCCCUCACCCCAUCCUUGACGCCACUUCACAGGUCUGCCUGAUAAUCGACGACAGGCCCAAAUCGCCCACACCUCCUUCGGACCAAAUCAAGAAGCUAAUCAAAUCCCAGGGCAUAACCAUUUCGAAAGUCAUUAGGGUUUCGAAGCUCAAGUCGAACUACAAGCCCUAUGAAGCCAAGAGAAAGCUUUGCGACAGUUACGACUUGUUCUUGGUGGACAAGAGGGUGGUCCAUUUGCUACCCAAGCUGAUUGGAAAGAAGUUUUUCAAGAAAAAGAAGCUGCCACUCGGGGUGGACAUGGGCAUGAAGAAUCUGAAAUUGCAGGUGGAGAGGGCUUUAGGGAGUUCCCUUUUGUAUCUGAGGACUGGGACUUGUUGCGUGAUGAAGGUCGGCAAGGUGGCUAUGGAGAAUGACGAGAUUGCGGAGAACGUGUUGGAUGCAGUUGAAGGUGCUGUUCAGAGGGUGCCGAAAAAGUGGGAUGGUGUGAGGAGUUUGCACUUGAAGUUCUCAGAUUCGGUGGCCCUGCCCAUCUACCAGGUCAUGCCUGAUGUGAAACUAAAAAUCGAGGGUUUGAAGGAGAGUGUUAAAGAGGGUGAGCAUGCUAAAGACGGCGAGAAUGUGGGUGUGACUAUGGAAAUAAGUGGGAAGGAGGGCAAAGUUGGGAAGAAAAAGAAGAAGGGUAGAAUUCAUGAGGUUCAUUAUAUGGAUGUUGGUGAGGAUAUGGAGAGUGAUGAUGGUGUCGAUGGAAAUGAUCUUGUGAGGAGUGGGGUUUAUGGUGGGGAAGGAAAUUUGAUGGACGAAAAUGAUGAUGGCGAGGGUGAUACGUAUGAUGAUAAGAAGAUUGAGGUGGAUGAGGAUUUAAGUGAUGAUAAUGAAACUUUGGGGAUGGAAAUAAGUAAAAGUAAAUCUCUGAAAGAAAAUUCGGUGAAGAAAAAGGUAAAAGCUGAGAAGAGCAGAAGUGGGAAACCGAAGAAAGAUGAACUGUCUGUUGGAAAGAAGAAGAAGAAAAUGAGUCAGCUUGGGAAAAAGUCGGGUCAGGAGAUUGCCAAGGUGAAGGAUGUGAAACACAAGAAAAAGCUGUCCUCAAAGUGA